UAGGGUUAGGGCUUUAGCCGUCGGCUGGUUUGGAAGAGGAGCUGCGCCUUCGCGCCGAUGGGUGCCUACAAAUACAUCGAGGAGCUAUGGCGGAAGAAGCAAUCCGAUGUGAUGCGCUUCCUGAUGCGCGUCCGCUGCUGGGAGUAUCGCCAGCUCCCCGGAAUCGUCCGUAUCCAGCGCCCGACGCGCCCUGACAAGGCUCGUCGCCUGGGAUUCAAGGCCAAGCAGGGAUACGUUGUCUACCGUGUCCGUGUGCGUCGCGGGGGCCGAAAGAGGCCAGUUUCCAAGGGAAUUGUCUAUGGAAAGCCCAAGAACCAGGGUAUCACCCAGCUCAAGUUCCAGAGAAACUUGAGAUCCGUGGCCGAGGAACGUGCUGGGCGCAAGCUGGGCAAUCUCCGCGUCCUCAACUCCUACUGGAUCAACCAGGACUCAACUUACAAGUACUUUGAGAUCAUCCUCAUCGACCCAAUGCACACCGCGAUUCGCAAGGACCCAAGGAUCAACUGGAUCUGCCAGCCGGUUCACAAGCAUCGCGAGCUGCGCGGGAUCACGUCCGCCGGUCGCAAGCACCGCGGAUUGCGAGGGAAGGGUCACAGGAAUCACAAGAACCGCCCAUCGAUCCGUGCUACCUGGAAGCGCAACAACACUCUCUCCCUCCGGCGCUACCGAUAGAGAAGAAACAUCGAACGAAAGAGCUCUUCGAUCAUAUGGGUCGAUCCUUCUCUCUUUUUUGGUUCCUGGAGUUCAUCAAAAGCUACUUUCUAAAAGUUUCUCUAUAGAUUUUGUUAGAUCCAUCGCUGCCGUUAAUUGGAUUUUGUCAGAUCCAUUGCUA